CAGGUAUUAUACGUCGUCAUCCUCCGACAUGAAGGUGUAUCCUCUGAAGUCGAAACCAAAUGUGAAAAUGGACACAGAUCCCAAACUUUUCAGUUGACUUGUCCUGCAGACCACAAGAUCGUUAUAAUAUACGGUAUCUGUGUGCUGGUGAAAAAUUGUGAAUCCUUUGAAGAGUCUAUGAUAACAUCCUGUGGUCCCGUCACUAAUAAGACCACACAAUGGAACACUAUCUGUGAUCAUGCCUCUCCUGGGCAAUGUGAAAUUACUUGUACAGGAAGUUCCUUACACUGCUCUGGAGAAGCUUCCUACGCGUCUCUGGAGUAUAACUGUGAAUGGAUGGGGACGGGUGACCCUCCAACCACAGGAACUACUUCAGCAAUGGCCCCUGUCACUACGCAACCAGCAUGUGACACGGAUCAAAUUGAAUUCAAAGGAUCUUGUUACAGGUUUUUUCACCAGAAACAUGAGGAAUCAGACUUUUACUCUGCCCAAUCCUCGUGCGAGAAGCUUGGCAUGCAUGUGGUCAAAAUCGAAUCUCAGGAAGAACAAGAUUUCUUAGAUGGGAAGAUAACAGACAGUAGCGCCUCUGGUAAGGGAUACUGGAUAGGGUUAAGUGCAGUGAAUUGGCUCGAUGGCACACAUCUUACUUACGACAAAUUUGGUAGUUUGCGUCACGCCUUUGAUGACGGUUCACAAUGCUUUAGGUUGUAUCCCUCAGAUUUCGUGUGGUACGACGAAAUAUGCUCCGAAGAACAGCAUUUUAUCUGCGAAGCAGAAGGUGAUUGUGGCAGUCUCCCUUCAAAUGGGCAACACCAUAAACACAACGGAUCUUGCUAUUACAUUUCUACAGAAAAAUCUAACUUUUCAAUUUCGGACUCAAUCUGCCAGAAAAGUGGUAUGCACCUCGUGUUCAUAGAAUCGGAGAGCGAGCAAAACUUCAUAGAAACAACACUUAGUAGGGAAAAGUACUGGAUUGGUUUAACAAGCACGGGCUGGGGUGAAGACGGUUCAGGACUUCCCUAUAGCUACUUUGGCAAUGGCAACGCCUUCGACCAAGGAAGGGUGUGUUUUCGCAUGGACCCGAAUCAUAGCUUUAAGUGGCGUGGUAAUAAAUGUGAUACCAAAUAUCAUUACAUAUGUGAAAGAGAAGGAGUCAACAGCAGCGAGGAACAGACUACCAAGAGUAUUUUAACUUUGGCACCUGCUGAUCCCCAGACUUCGAAAGUCACCUCCACGGAACCUAUAUCUUUAACUGAUGAGGAGACAACCCCUAAAUCUACCACUCAACAUCAACUAUCGACGGAGGAUCUUCAAGUUACUAAUACUACCCUGACAACAAAUAUCGUUAAUGUGACGCAAAAGCCCCUAGAGGAGAUUCUCAUCGAAUGCUUCGACAACGUAACAGAGGGAGAAUCAAGCGCAAAACCUUACCGACCACUGUCAUUCUCAACACAUGGAGAUACCGAGGCAGAACGGCUAGCUGUAAGCUUCUACUCGCCAUUUCUACAGACAAAACCAGUCAUGGUAGCAGUAGAAGCGUUCCAGGAGCCUAAAACAGGCUGUGACACGAGCCCGUCAUCGAGUAACUAUCCGUCAACAACCCCGUCUUCUACCGAAAGCAAAGUCUCCGGCACAUCCAUGUCGCUGAACUCUGUGGUCAACGUGACUGUUUACUGCUACAACGGCGCUCCCUUACACCUCCGCAAAGGGGAAUACGUGGAUGUUGUCUUUCCCGUCAAAAUUGAUUUUGAUAAUGAAGUUCCAGUCUGCACUUCGAUGAAACGAAAUGAUUCUGGUUGGGAGUGGGUGACCGAGGACUGCAAGGUUGUGUAUUCAAACUACACUCACGUGACCUGUCGAUGUAAUCACCUGACUGCCAUUGCGCUUCAACGCGGCCCUAAGGGCUUCAAAGUGGACUGGAUAAACGGUUUACUUCUUUCAAUUCUUGAAAAGGCUUUGGGAUGCAUCUCAAUCAUUGCUAUAUUUGUCAUGCUUGUGAUAUAUGCAACAUUGGGUGUAAAAGGGUCUCAACUCACAAAGAUUCAAUUGAAUAUGGCCGUCAGCUCAUUUGCUGGACAUGUCACUUUCUUGCUUGGAAUGAAAGCGACUGGUAAUCUGUUCGUUUGUGCGAUCAUAGCUGCCAGUCUCCAGUAUCUUUACACUGUCUACGCCCUGUGGUUGGUGGUCCAGACUGCUGUGCUCUUCAAUACAUGUUUCAUACACGGUAAGCCUCGAGAUUCGAAAGUCGCCCAACCAGUCCAGAUGAAAGUACCAGAGAAGAGCAUUACGGAACCUAUCCGAAUGGUUAGAGCCUUUCUGAUUGUGUGGGGAGGACCCUUGGUAUUAGUAGGUCUCCUCUACAAGAUGAUACCACAUGGAUUUGGAACCCCGGAAAGUUGCUGGCUUACCGAGAAGGAGAAUGUCUACCCUAUCUUCAUUGCAGUCAUUACACUGGCCCUCGUGAUCAACUUCGUGCUCGCCAUGUUGACCGUGGUUUAUCUCGUCAAGAUUGACGAUAAGCCUACCGAGCACAUCGAUGGCUACGCAGAAUGGACUGAGAAACUAAGGAACAGAGUCAGCCUAUGCCUGUCAUCAUCACUCGUCCUCUCAUUCGUUCUCGUGAUGGCCUGGUCAUCGCAUGCCUUGCUCGUAUUCAAGUCCAUCAUGGCUUUCGAUUAUCUCUUCAUCUUGUUCAACAUGAUCCAGGGGUUUUUGGUUUUCGUCUUCUACUGCCCGAUGAAUCCACAGGUUCGUGCUGCUAUUUUCCGAACUGGCAAUACCCCGGAUGAAGACGAAAAGAAGGAUAAGGAACCAAACUAGAUGCAAUUGCAAAAUAUAAUCCACUUAAAAUGAGACAUGUCCCUGCUCAUUCAUAAAGCAUGUAUAAGAAAUUGAAUAGAAAAGAAUGCAGGUGACACAAAUAAAGAUUUUAAUUUCACAAGAUAACGGAUAAUUUGAGAUCCAGAAUAGUCUGUCCUCUAUUUGACAAAUUCAAAAUACGGUUUGAUCACAUACAGAGGAGUCGUUUACUUUACUAAAAUAGAUAUUGAUUGAUUGAUUGAUUUAUUAAUUGGUAUAUAUAUUCGAUAUGAAUAUCGUAGGAAACAUGGAGGGAGAAAUGUUUGCAUAUACCAGUAGUACAGAGUGUAACUCUUAUCCAUUCAUCAUGAUUUUGGGGGCUGUGUUGCUAAUCAGUAAUAGAAUUUUGAUAAUGGAACAUUCUGCCUCUACGGCUCGUAAAUAUGGACCACAUCUCUCAUCUUUGAAAAAAAUUGAUUGAUUGAUUGUAAUCGUGUUUUUAUUUGUAUUGUUCAAUAUAUAUACAGUAUAUAAAUGUGCUUAUUGAAUCCAAGCUUAUAACUUAUAUUGAGCGCUGCUUAGGUAGAGUUAUCGUUGUUAUAACAGAAUAUCAAUCAUAUAUUUGAUAGGUUCAGUGGCGGAUCCAGGGGGGACACAGGGGGCGCACGCCCUCCCCCCACCCCUAAUAUUUGAGCGGCGCCAAAGGCGCCGCUC